AUGGAUAUAUUCCAACUUGCCUCACGAAAUAAUGAUAAAAAAUCCAUGAAAACGUUUUUAAACCAAUACCUAAAUGGAUCAAAAUCAGAUAUGGAGACGGUUCCUAACGAACUUUCAAGUCUUUUACACAAUUCUCCUAAUGUUUACAUACCAACACUAAACACCCUUGUAUCUUACAUCCGUAAAAUGUCUUCACUGAAACCUCAUUAUCUUAAUUUUGUCUCGCCAUUGAUUAUGAUUGUCAUAAAGCAGAAUUUGCAAUAUCAUUCCGAUAUUCAUGACUUUAGAGAACUUCUCUCUAGUUGUGUCGAACUCAUAUGGCUGACUAAACAGAAUAAAGACAAGUCUCAUGUUAUCCAGACAAUAGAACACGUAUUAAGCACAAUCAUAGAAAUAAAUGGUGUCCUAGGAGUUCUAAUAUCAGAAUUAUCUAGUUGCCGCUUUCUCAAACGAGUUUUAUUCAAUUAUAAUAUGAUAGACAGGAUCAAGAAUGAUAAAUUACUUAGAAUGGUGGAUGUGAUUAUAUCACUUAUAGAAAAAUGUCCUGAACAUAUUGAAGAAAUGCCUAAAUUAUCAGAGAGCAAAGCUUACUCAUCUUUGAUAGAAUCUUUGAGUGACUGCCAAAAUGCAAAACGUCGUACUUUUUUGGCCACUAAUAAUAAUAUAUUACCACCUGUGCUAUACGAAAUGGAUAGGCUCAAUAGUAGGGAAAGAUUUACAACCAGCAAUUUUUUUACAAAUUUCAAUAAUUCGAUAUCUUUGUCUGCUGAAGACGAACAACUUCUUAAGCAGUUUGGGAUAGAGAUUCCUCAGAGGAUAUCAGAUCUGCGCCAAACCCUGAGAACUCUUGAACAACGGAAGAUAGAAUCAUUUCGAGAUUUAAUCAGGUCUCUACCAUGUCCCAGGUGUCAUCGUAAUGCACUUAUUGAUUUUUGUCCUAACAAAUACUCUUCACUUCUUGGUGAAGAGUUUGAAGAAAUUGAAGGGGCAUCCAAUGCGCCUGAAUGUCUUUUUCGCCUUCCAUUCGAAUUUGAUGAUAAUGAUAAGCUUGGGCCAUGGGACAUACUUCUUAGUGAAGACGCUAUAAAAGACAUUCAACAAUUAGAAUCUCUUGUGAUUGAUGCAGUCAUGAAAAGACUCCAACAGAUAUCUUAUGGAAGGUGGGACAAAUACAGAUUUCAAUGCAUAACGCAACAUCAUAAUAUUCCUAUCUACGUUGUGGAAGUCCCUGGUAAUAAAAAUAAUUUGAAAAUGCUUUGGCAAGUCGACUGUGGAUUUUCCAUACGUAAAUAUUCAAUUACACAGCUUAUAAAGGUAUGGGCCGUUGCCGAAAAAAUUGACGAAACAUUAAAGAACCUCCUAAUGGCUCAUAAGGUUUAUACCGUUGAGCACAGUAAUAUGUGUACAGCUAGACAAAUUAGCCAAGGUAUUAAUUUACCUAUAAUUUUUGACGUCGAGGAGGUAACAAAGUCUUCUGAUAUUGGGCUGUGUUACGAUGAAAGGCAAAUAGAAAUUCAUAAAAUGCUUGUUACAAAUAAGUUUACACCCAUAUCUAAGAAAUUUUUCCAGUCGCUUAACAAUGGUGGUUUGGACUUUACGUUUCAAGUAUCUAAGAUUGAGUACGAAUUUAUAAAUCAUCCUACGUCAGCCAUCGUCAUCGGCCGAUCCGGGACAGGAAAAACUACAAGUAUCGUGCUUAGGUUAAUAGCUUCAUACCUGGCUAAUCAGCAAAAAAGACAAAUAUUUAUUACUGUGAGUAAAAAUUUGUGCCACAAAGUAAAGGAAUAUUUUAAUCGGAUUAAGGAAUCAGUGAUGCUUGUUAAUGAAAAAUCCAAGACACGAUCAUCUCGUAGCAUGACUAAUAGAAAAACGAGUUAUAUGAAACAAGAUCAAGAUGACAUUCCUACUUCAUUUCGCCAGUUGACGGAUGAUUGUUUUCCUUUGUUCAUUACCUACGACCAAUUUUCACAAAUGCUCCUGGAAACUUAUAAAAUUGAUAUCCGGAAAUUAAUUAAGCAACAAAAAUUCAACACAGACAAUGAUGAAUAUGACGAUGAAGACGAGUUCUGCUCUUCAUCCAUUAUCUAUAACGAAGUUGAAUCAUUGAGAUAUUUUGUGGACUAUCAGGUUUUUACUACAAAGUAUUGGCCUCGUUUGAGUGAUCAGUAUAGACAAAAGUUGGAUUGUGAGUUGGUUUACUCCGAGUUUUCUGUUAUAAAGGGCAUUCAUCCUGAAGUAGACUACUUAUCAAAGGAAGAUUAUAUUGCAAUUAGCACUAAGAAAUAUCCAACGUUCUGUCAUGAUCGUGAAAAAAUUUAUGAACUUUUUCAGCAGUAUGAGAAAUUGAAAUCGCGAAAUGGUGAUUAUGACUCAAUAGAUAGAACACAAGCUAUCUGUCAUUUUGCCAAAAAACACGCGCUUGGUUGUCCGCAUAUUCAUGAAGUAUACAUAGAUGAAUGUCAAGACAAUCAAAUUGUUGAUAUCGCGCUUAUAAUGAAACUCUUCGAUAGUGCGAAUGGCUUUUUUUUUGCUGGAGAUGUAGCACAAUGCAUUGCACGAGGAUCUUCUUUCCGAUUCCAAGACCUACGUUCCUUAAUGUACUUUUGGGAACUUCAACGGCCUCUGACAAAUUAUAAUCUGCGUGGAACCAGAAAACCUAAACAGUUCGAGUUGAAUAUUAACUAUCGUUCCCAUAAUGGAAUCCUUCAACUCGCCUCGUCAGUAAUUGAUCUCAUCUGGCACUUUUUCCCUGAUUCGAUUGAUAAAUUAUCAUGCGAGCGUAGUGAGGUUGGCGGCCCAAAACCUGUUGUUUUUAGCGAGGUUCCGGCCGAAGAAUUAUUAAAUAGAUUUUCUGUGGAUAAAGAGAAAAAGCAUACAACAAAUCAUAUUGAAUUUGGAGCAAAGCAGAUGAUUAUAGUACGUGACGAAAAAACUAAACAGAAUGUGGUGGAUCUAAUUGGGGAUGCUGGAAUGGUGGAAACAGUGUUUGAUUGUAAAGGAAUGGAAUAUAACGAUGUGCUGUUAUAUAAUUUCUUUACUGAUUCACCAGCACAUAAAAAGUGGAGAGUUAUUCACUCCAUUUUAGAAAACAAUGAAAAAGGAACUCCUGCUUUCUCUCACGAAAAGUAUUGUAUUCUUUCCUCUGAACUCAAACAACUAUAUGUUUCAGUGACCAGGGCUCGGCAGCGUAUCAUCAUAUUCGAUGAAAAUGUCGAGUAUAGCGAUCCAAUCUGUGCAUAUUGGGAGCAAAAAAAACUGAUUAGAAUAAGCAAAAAUGCGGAUGAAAUUGUCAACUUUGCUAAGGAAAGUAGCGUUGAGGAAUGGAAACAACAAGGUGAAGAAUUUUUUGAAAAAGAGAAAUACAACAAGAAAAGUGGUGAUAAAGAACUUCUUGAUAUAGCAAAUGCAUAUCGUCUUAAACAGAUCGCCAGAACCUCCGUAAGCUGUUCAGAUAAUGCCACCAUAAAGGAAAAUUUCAUUAAUGCAGCUCGGGCUUUCAAUCAGUGCUCAAAUCCCAUUCAGGAAGCUUCAUGUUAUGAGGGUUGUGGCAUGUAUAAUGAAGCUAGCGAUAUUUAUAUUAAACAGAAAAAAUACGAACUUGCAGCACGUAGCUAUCUUAAAGCCAAGAUCUGGCAGAAGGCGGGUAAGUGUUUUGAAGAGGCAAAUAAAUACACAGAUGCUGUUCUCGCCUAUAAAGAUGGUGAACUUUAUGAUACUGUAAUUAGUUUGUUGGAAAGAAAAAAGCUAGAAAUUGACCGUAAGAUAUUUGACAAAAUUGUCCAUAUUUUAUACUUUAAUUACCGCCAAAAAGAGAACGAAGUUAUGAGCGAAAGUAUCCUUUCCAUUCUUGAAACUCAGGAUGAGCGAAAUAAUCUCAUGUUGGCAUAUGUUCCAGAAGAAAUUAAGGAGGCCGAAGAACUGUGUUUAUGCGGAGAAUUCGAAAAAGCUGCUAAUAUGUUCAUCCAAACGGUAAAAGACUAUGAUACUUUAACCAAAUCAUUGCAAUGCCUUUUGCAACCAUGCAGAACAUAUGCACUCAAUGCGAUAAUAGAUAUAAACUUUAAAAGAUUCAUUAAUAAGGCAGAUAUUGUUGUCGAAGAAGCAACAUUACAACCAGGCACAUUGAGAAAAAUGGAGAAUUUGAUAAAAGAACUCCAACUAUACAAAGCUUAUUUAAAUAAUGACCUUGAUCAAAUAUAUGAAUGUAUUGAAUUUUUUAAGAAUUGUGGAGAUUUCAUCGCCGAGUUUCGCGCAAUCAAUAUCUGGCUGAAACUCACACAAACAGGUAGCCACGUCAAAUAUUGGUUGGAACAUCUAAGGAGGAUAUGCGAAAUGGCAAUUCCUUUUAUGUCUAUCUAUGACAAUGAAGAGAAAACAGACGAUUUCGAAAAACUUUUAAAUCAACGACAGCCAAACAGGCCUAACCAUUCUUUCGCUCGUAUUAUAGAAAAAAUGAAUGAAAAAAAAGAGGGAAAAAUUACAAAUUAUCGAAAAGACUAUGAGAAAAUUCACAAGGAUUUCGAAAAAAUUUUUGUUGUAAACACUACGAAGAAUAGUUUGAAUAACCGACAAAUUUCCUUUAACAAUCCUCUUACUCGUAUUAUAAAUGAAAUGAAUGUGAAAAAAGAGAAGGUAAUUGAUGGAUAUUGGCAAAUUAAAAAGAAUAUUAUUUACCGUGCUAUCACAAAAUUUCUUUCUUCAUAUAUUAAAGAGCUCAUUUUGAGGGCCAACAUGGAUAGCAGGAGGGUUUCGGAUAUAGCUUUUAAAAUAUGUAGUGAGUUUUCAUCCUCUGGUAAAUGUCAAAUAAAGGAUUGUCAAGAACAUCACGUGAAAUCAGCUCCGUUAAUUUUAUCCAAUCGUCUGAAACUUGCUUCUCUUCAGUACACGAUAUUUCAUCAAUUAUACGAGACAAAAAAAGAGUUUGAAAAGUUUAAAGUUUUUCAAAGAUUUUUUGAUGAGUUUAAAGAGUUUAAUAAUUUGCAAAGAUUUUGGGCGGAAAAUUUGUUUAGAAAUCAUUUUUGCUAUCAGUACCAGCGCCAAAAGAUAACUGAUGUAGUGAUUUCCGAUAUUAUUGACGAUGUUUCUAAUGGAUUCAUCGAUCUUAUUAAUGUAAACGACUUUGAAAUCAUAUUUAAAUACCUAUUAAUUUCUAUGCAGUUUCGAAGGACAAGAUUGUUAGAGAAGUUCCGUGAUAAAGUUACAAAAAUUAAAUGUAAUUCUGGAGUAAUUGUGGAGAAAAUCACAAAAAUAAUACACGAUUCUAAAACUAUUGAAGAGAAGGUUAAAUGUGUUUUCGAAGCGAUUCAAGAAAAAGUUUCUGAAAUUAAAUGCAAUUCUGAAUUUAUUAGUGAGAAAGUCUCACAAAUAAAAUGCAAUUAUGAGAAGGCCGGGGCGAAAGUCCCAAAAUCCUCUGAAAUGUUUGGAGAAAAAAUCCUAGAAAGCCAACGAUAUUCUGAUGCAGUUGGGAAAAAAGUCAACGAAAUUAAAUGCAAUUCUAGAGAGAUUGUAAAGAAAGUUUUAGAGAUUAAAUGCAAUUCUGAAAAGAUUAGUGAAAGAAUCUCGGAAGAAAAACUUUUAUCAUUCAUCUUGCCACUAUAUUAUGAAAAUAAGAAAUUCCAUGAUAAAGUCACAAAAAUUAAACUCAAUUCUGAAGCGGUCAAGGAGGAAGUUACAAAUUUUGAAUGCAAUUCUGAAGUGAUUGGAGAGCAAGUUCUAAAAAUUCAACGCAAUUCUGAAUCGAUUGGGGCUAAAAUAAAUUCCGAAAAAGUCACAGAAAUCAAAUGCAAUUCUGAAAUGGUAGAAGAGAUAGGGAAGAAAGUCUUAGAAUUCCAAUAUAAUUCUGAAGCAAUUGAGAUAAAAAUCAAAGAAAUCAAAUGUAACUCUGAAGAAAUUAAGGAGAAAUUCUCUGAAAUUAAACGUAAUUCUGAAGCGAUUGGGACGAAACUUCUAUCAUUUAUUAUGUCAUUAUAUUCCGAAAACACUAUUACCUUCAACAACAUAUUAGAGUUUAUCAAUUAUACGUUAAAAAAUGUUAAAUCGGUUAAAUUGAAUUCUUUAGACGCAUUCGACGAUCUUAUGUCUCUCAUGGAGUUCACCACAACCCUUAUUAUUGUGAUUAGAUCAAUACAUUCCGAUUUUUGCCUUCCCAAAAGUUAUCUAUUUAACUGCUAUAAACUCUUCAACAUUAAUCGUCUUUCAAGUAAAUCUUAUGAGUUCAAUAUAGAAGACUUAGAAGCAAUGUUAAAUCAAAUUGAACAGUUUCUCAACUUGAUUUCUACAAGUCAACAUUACUCAACAAUUGUUCAUAGAUUGAUACGAAACCUUGCCCUUAUCGGCUUGAACGAAAAUAUAUUGAUGUCAAAGAUCUUAAAUCUUUUAAAGCAUUUGCCAGGGGAAUCCUACUCUGCUCAGUGUAAGAAAUACCUUUUCGUGAGUCGUAAAGAAGAUCUCGUUAAUAUUUUAAACGACGACUUCAAUAAGACUGGAAGUGAUUUCCUGGUUAUCUCCUAUUUAAACGAUAGAAUUAUACAUGAGGGCAGACCUAGUUUAAAAUGCUUGGAAUUUAACAAGAUACAAGGAAACAGUCAUUGUGUGGUUAAAAAAUGA